AAAUGAGCAUCAAUCAAACCCCUGAAAACCGAACCACGCUGGGAAUCCACCCAUGCGGUGACGUCACGAGGCUCUGACAAGCUGGUGGUGCCGGAAGAAAAGAUGGCGGAUCAUGAGGAGCAGCUAUCCGACGAGGAAAAGGUACGCAUAGCAGCCAACUUCGUCAUCCACGCCCCACCAGGAGAGUUCAACGAGGUUUUCAAUGAUGUGCGAUUGCUUCUCAACAAUGACAAUCUUCUCAGGGAAGGUGCAGCGCAUGCAUUUGCACAGUACAACUUGGACCAGUUUACCCCGGUGAAAAUCGAGGGCUAUGAAGAGCAGGUCUUAAUCACAGAGCAUGGUGACCUUGGGAAUGGCCGUGUCCUGGACCCCAAAAACAAGAUCUCCUUUAAGUUUGACCAUCUGAGGAAGGAGGCCAGCGAUCCACGUCCCCAUGACGUGGACAGCUCCCUGGAGGGCUGGAGGAGCGCUGUGGACUCGGCCGUCAGGGCCUAUGUGAAGGAGCACUAUCCCAGUGGAGUCUGCACCAUUUAUGGGAAAACCAUUGACGGACAUCAAACUAUCAUCGUGUGCAUCGAGUGCCAUCAGUUUCAACCAAAAAACUUCUGGAAUGGACGUUGGAGGUCAGAAUGGAAAUUUACCAUUUCCCCAUCUACCACUCAAGUGGCAGGAAUCAUGAAAAUCCAGGUCCAUUACUAUGAGGAUGGGAAUGUUCAGCUUGUGAGCCACAAAGAGGUUCAGGAGUCCAUGUCAAUUUCCAAUGAGGCUUCAACCGCGAAGGAGUUUGUAAAGAUCAUGGAGGCUGCAGAGAACGACUAUCAGACGGCCAUCAAUGAGAAUUACCAGACCAUGUCGGACACUACCUUCAAAGCCUUACGCCGCCAGCUUCCUGUGACACGCACCAAGAUCGAUUGGAACAAGAUCCUGAGCUACAAGAUUGGCAAGGAGAUGCAGAAUGCUUAAAAACAACCGAGAAGACAACAGACAACUGCCCCCCACCCUCACCCCCUCCCAAACAAUGUUGCAUGACUGGAUAGUUGUAUCGUCUUUGUACAAAAACUAAUCAAAUGGGGACAAAGAAAGGUUUGGUCUCACAGCCAGAUAUCACAUUGGAGGUCUACUUUUAUUGAUGUUGUUUUGUUUUUAUACAGAUACUGUUAGGUCCUCUUUAUGUCGAAUCCAUAAAGACAGACAACUGAAUUUGGGAAACUUAUAAGGAAAUAAUACAAGACAUAGGAAGGAGUGCAAACACCUGUAGGCAGCAACACCAUUAAAAUAUACAGUAUCGCGUGCAAUAUUUAUUGUCAGUGAGACCACACCUUUUUUAUGUGACCUGCUGAAAAAUGGUUUGAAUUUGCAAUGAUGGUGAAAUGAAUCAUUUUUGGGAGAAUUUUGUCUGCAUUCAUCUUACAGCUCAGAUAUUACGGCUGAAAAGAAUGACUCCCCUCUCACAUCACGGUUAAUGUCUCAUAUGGUCAGCGACAAUUAAAAAAGCUCUUCGUGUUCAUUGACUGGUAUAUUUGGCACAAGCAGUCACCACUGUCAGCCACUCAAUGUUCUUGUUCCCUCAUUCUGGUACUUCCUCACUGUUUGUUCUGUAUGAGACCUCAAGCUCACAAUGCUCUUGGCUAAAUUGCCUUUUUGACUUGACUUCGUGUGAACUCUCACCCAGCGCAGGGAGUUCGGUGACCACUUAACAAGCUGAAAUAAAGUCAUCAACCGCUAAGUAUGUGCAUAAUGUCCAAUUUACAAUAAAAUCAAAAUGUAUCACUUCCUCCUCCAGUGCUUAUUUUUAUUAAAAAAAGAACCUGGCUGUAUUAUAUAACAAGGCACAUUGUAAUAUAUACCUGUAUGAAACCUCCUGUCUGUCAGUUUGGUGAUUUAUUUCCAUGAGAGUAAUUGUAAUUCAAUCACAAUUAUGUUGCAUUAAAUGACAAAUUUUCUA